GGGACAGAAGCAAAGCCCUUGCGAGCCCAGCUUGCCUUCCUGGGUGAAGUCCAUGCGCUGAAGGUUUUCUACUUGUCAGAGUCCACAAAACGUGCAAAAUGAAGACGGACGAACGGUUGCUGAUCCAGUUCCAAGAUGAAGCAGGCACGAUUCUGGGAUCCCCUUUCGAUGUGCCUAUUGACAUCACACCUGAAAAGCUACAGCUGGUCUGCAAUGCCCUCCUGGACAAGGAGGAACCAGUCCCCCUGGCCUUCUAUGUGCAAGACUCCGAAAUCGUUGCUUCCCUGGAGAAGACGCUGGCCGGACAGACAGUGGGGACAGAGAAGGUGGUGGAGAUUGUCUACCAGCCGCAGGCUGUGUUCAAGGUCCGGGCGGUCACACGCUGCACCAGCUCCCUGGAGGGCCACAGCGAGGCUGUCAUCUCAGUCGCCUUCAGCCCCACUGGGAAGUACCUGGCCAGUGGCUCUGGCGACACAACCGUGCGCUUCUGGGAUCUCAGCACAGAGACCCCACACUUCACGGCCAAGGGUCACCGUCACUGGGUUCUCAGCGUGGCCUGGUCACCGGAUGGCAGGAAACUGGCCUCCGGGUGCAAGAACAGCCAGAUAUUUCUCUGGGACCCAGUCACAGGGAGUCAGAUUGGCCGGGUGCUGACGGGACACUCCAAGUGGAUCACUUGCUUGUGCUGGGAACCGCUCCAUUUGAACCCAGAAUGUCGUUACCUGGCCAGCUGCUCCAAAGACGGGAGCGUUCGCAUCUGGGACACCGUCAUGGGCCGCUGUGACAAGAUCCUGACUGGCCACACACAGUCCGUGACCUGCGUCAAGUGGGGUGGAGACGGCUUGCUGUUCUCCUCCUCACAGGAUCGGACCAUUAAAGUCUGGCGGGCCCAAGAUGGAGUUCUCUGCCGCACGCUUCAGGGUCAUGGCCACUGGGUGAACACCAUGGCUCUCAGCACAGAUUAUGUUCUCCGCACUGGGGCUUUUGAGCCAGCGGAGGCCUCCAUCAACCCCCAGGAUGUGAGCGGAUCUCUGGCAGAGAUAAAACAGAAAGCGCUACAGAGAUACAACCAAGUCAGGGGACAAGGGCCAGAAAGACUCGUCUCGGGAUCAGACGACUUCACGCUGUUUCUAUGGGCCCCUGCAGAGGACAAAAAGGCUCUGCAGCGAAUGACGGGGCAUCAGGCACUGAUCAACCAAGUUCUCUUCUCACCGGACACCCGGGUCGUCGCCAGUGCGUCCUUUGACAAGUCCAUCAAGCUGUGGGACGGGAGGACUGGAAAGUUCUUGGCCUCUCUGCGAGGGCAUGUCUCCGCCGUAUACCAGAUUGCCUGGUCAGCCGACAGCCGUCUCCUGGUCAGUGGAAGCAGCGACAGCACGCUCAAAGUGUGGGACACCAAGACCCAGAAACUAAGCGUCGAUCUGCCUGGCCACGCAGACGAGGUUUAUGCAGUGGACUGGAGUCCCGAUGGCCAGCGAGUGGCAAGCGGAGGGAAAGAUAAAUGUCUGCGAAUAUGGAGGAGAUAGUUGGACCUCAAGACUGUUGGGACGUGACUCAUCUGUUCUUCUGUGCACCACGCACCCUUUGGCCCUCCCUCCAUGUUAAUGAAGAAGGGCCAUUUUAAUUAAAAUACCCAAGACUCCUCUGAUAUUCAGACAAAGAAAUCUCCCACCCUGGCAGCACAUUGAAACCAGUUUUGGAGGGUGCUUUUUUGGUGGCCUUCAACUAGCCCUGCACCUCCACAUCCAGCGGUGGGAGCCUUUGUCUUGUGUGUGUUGCCUGUAUGGCUGCAGUGUAACUCCACAGAGCUGUUCAAAUCUUGCCUGACUUGUUAAUCCACAAGAUAAAUUUGCAAAGACCCCAUCCAAACAACCUGGGCGCCCCCCUCCUCCACCACAUUGUGGAGAUGCUGCAGCUCUACCUUGGCAGGCACUUGUAAAGGAUACUGAGAGGAUGUACAUGAAAGGCUUUGGGUGCUCAAAAGAGCCCUAUUCAAAGCUGGUUCGACUCAGCAAGACUGGUCUCAGACAAAAGAAAGCGCUCUGCCUCUGCUCAGAGGCACCCGAAUCUGGGCAGUGGGGAGGGAUUCAAGGGCAAGUGAAGCCCUGCGGGGCUCCCCCCGUCACAAACUUCCUCCUCCUCCUCUAGUUGGUGCCUGCAAUGAGAAGGCCAAGUAUGUGCUGCUUUUCCCUGGCUGAGUUGGGGGUGGGGGGAGCAGCAGCAUCUGUUUCCCUGCCCAGAAGCAUGUCCUCAUCUGACCCUCCUGCUCAACGGAGAGUCCCCCCCCCUCUUCCGUUUUAAACAAAGAGCAGCAUGAUUGGGUGGCUCGAGGGGAUUCUUGAAGCUGACCUUUCUUGAAAGCACCUGCUAUGCUAGCAUUUACCGGUCUUACUGCAGAUUUUUGGCCCAAAGGUCAACUGGUACCGGUACCACAUCCUGUUAGCGGCUGUAGCUGGCAUCUGCAGAGUGAGAUGUGACUGCUAGCCCCCCACUCCCUGGGGCCUCCUGCCCAGCAGCUGCAUUCACAGGUAGAGUGCUUCUGCAAACAGAGGUUCCAUUUAGCUACAUGAGUUACUUAUCUGAUCCCUUCUAGCAGCUGCACAGGGUGGUGGAUUGGAUAUUUUGCAUCUGACUGGGAAAUAACUGGCGACAGAUCCUCCAGUAACUGGCAGGCAUUGGGAUAAAUGGGUAACCCUUAGGCAAGUCACACACAAGCCACUCCCAGGAAGAAGCCAGAGCCUGUCUGGCUAAAAAGUAGGCCCCUGCCAGAGGGACCAAAGCCUGGCCUCCGCUUUUUCAGUUCAGGUUCCAGUUCAGAGCAAGGGCACCGCUUCUGUAUAUUGUGUGUGUGAUGUGCUGUCAAGUCAUCUCCGACCUAUGGCGAUCCCAUGUCCUAUCAUUAACAGACUUGCUCAGAUCUUGCAAACUGGGGGAUGUGGCUUCUUUUAUGUAGUCAAGCCAUCUUGUUUUGGGCUUUCCUUUUCCUACUGCUUUCCACUUUUCCUGGCGUUACUGACUUUUCUAGAGAAUCUUGUCUUCUCAUAAGUUCUAUUUUCUCUUUAAGUGAAGGGUAUAAUAAAUGUAAAUAUUUAUAUAUAGCCGUUGCUACA